UCCAAUUGGCAAGUAAGGAAAACUCUUGUAUAAUCAUGGAAACUAAUCGGGGAAAUACGAUGAACGGUUUCUUGAAGGACAAUCACUACAACCUUGGACACUUUUUUAUGGACUACAUGUCGAAGUUCCCCGAAGACUGUAUUUGGCAGAUCGACGCUGGUACAGGCGCGACAGAAUCGAAGUUGUCCGUGAAGAGCCGUUCCAUACGACUGGCCAGAUGUCUCCGUGUCGCGGGGCUGCGGCCUGGCGACGUGGCCGUCGUGUGCGGCCGGAACCAUCUGGAUCUCCACAUCCCCUUCUAUGCUGCGUUUAUGAACGGCCUACCGCUGGCGGUAAUCGAUCCUAUUUACAGAUACGAAGAAAUCAAACAUCAUUUCAAAACGACCAAACCAAGAAUAGUCUUCUGUGAAGUGGAAAACUUCGGCGACAUAACGAGAGUCGUGAAAGAUCUCGGACUUGAUACGAAGAUAGUAACAUUUGGUGACGGUGACCACUCGUUAACAAAGUUCUUGGAGAAGUACGAUGACCACGAGCCGGAACACACGUUCAAAGUGGCGAGCUUCGAUACGGAGAAGGUUUUUGCUUGGCUCAUUAGUACGAGCGGAACCUCGGGACUGCCCAAGGUCGCAGCUAUCAAGCACCCUACCAUCAUCCUCGAGGUGAUUCCACUCUACGAGAAGAUAAAAGAAAAAGAAAUUCAACCAGCUAUGAUCUCGUCGAGCGUGCAGUGGAUAUCCUCGUACCUGGUGUCUCUGUCCAUGAUCACCACCAACCACAUCAAGGUGGCAUCUUCAUCCCCCAUCACCGUCGAACACGCCAUUGACAUCAUCAACAAAUACAAGCCUGUGAUAAGCAUCGGGGGUCCACAUCUGUUUUCUGGCAUCGUCAGACAUCCAAAGUCUUGUGACUUGACUUGCUUCAACCGCAUCGUCCUUACUGGUUCUUCCACGGACCCACAGAUUCUCCAACUACUCAAAUCAAGAUUGUAUCCAAAAGCUGAGGUGUGGAACGUGUAUGGUCAAACAGAGUGCGCAGGACCUAUACUCGACGCUUGCCCGCACGGCCCCGCAGGGAAUGUGGGGAAAGAAUUACCACAAGUAAAAGUACAGUUGGUCGACACUGCGACUGGCGAAGUCGUCACGAAGCCCAACAAGACGGGAGAGCUCUGGUCUAAGGGACCAAGAUUUGCAGGGUACUACAAUAACCCUGAGUCAACUGCUGAGGCGUUUACCCCUGACGGCUGGUACAAGACCGGAGACCUGCUCUACAGAGAUGAAGAUGGGUACUACUACUACGUGGAUCGUAUUUCUAACUCCUUCAAAGUUAGAGGUUACAUUGUAAUGCCCAUGGAGGUUGAGAACGUGAUCCAAACGCACCCCGACGUGGUGGAGGCGUGCGUGGUCGGCGUGCCGCACGCCGACGACGGCAAGCGCGCCGUCGCCGUCGUGCAGCGCCGAGUCGGCGCCGCCGUCACCGAGCAACAGAUCAAGGACCUCGUUGCCAGUUAG